AUGCCAUUCCAGAGUGCCCUUUCCUCACUGACCAAGUUCUUCUCCGAACUCUGGCACUCGUCCAUUAACGCCCCGCCCGACCGAUCUGCCUCCAUGUACGAGAUCGGCGUCGCUCCCUCCACCUCCAACGGCUUCCACGAUGAAUCCCACGAACACUACCAGAAACUUAUUGGACAGCUGACUCGGUCCAAUGCUAAUUUGAUGAGAGAGAACGACUCCAUGGCCAGAAGGCUCAUGGUAAGGGUUGGGAUGGAAUAAAGUGAUAAGAGGCCGUUGACGGGUUGAAUUUUAAAAAGAAUGGCAUUAUAAUACCAUAAAAAAGAACAUUAUGACAAAAACUAAUGUGUGAUAAGGAAAGAAGUUCUAGAAGAAACAUCGACUAUCAAUUCAAUUUCUAAACUAGUCUUUUCAGCAACUCGAGCAACUUCUACGCGACCAUGUCGAGCACCUCAACUCUGUAUAUUACACUCUGUUCCGUAAUGGAUAUUCAUCACUUGAAUUUCCGGAUGGUAAGUUUUUGUACAAAUCUACUGUAACUUACAAAAGUUACAGUAUUUUUGCUAUUUUCUUACUCAUCAUAUUAAGACUUACAGUAUACUUACUGUAAUGCCUGCAGUAAAUCUUGUUAAUAUUGAACAGCUUUAUAAAUAGCUAUUAUUUCUUUAAAAGAACAUUGUUUUGAUAAAUUUGCAUAAUAGUGUCUAUAAAAGGCUGUCAUAGUAGAUAUAGACAGGCAGUAAUUGAAUUUUGAAUAAAAAUGAAAAAAGGGUUUUGAAUUGAAAUACGGGCUGUUAUAGUAUAAUAUACUCAAUACACUACAUGACAACAUCAAGAGAAAGUCUAAAAACAAGGCCACAGUAAAGCAUAGUAGAUUACAAUAGACACCUACAUACAUUCGUAUCUUUAGCUAGUAAAUGCAGGGUUUAUAAAUUAAAUCGAAACCGUGAACUAUCAAGUAUUGACAAGAUAGACCUAUAUUUAGAAUACAAAGCCUACAUAAGUCCUCAAAAAUCGAUUAAAAACACUGUAAUCGUAUGUUGAUUUAGGUCAAGAAGUGCACUUGAGUCAGUUCCGUGGAGCUCUACUAAACUUUUCCAAAUCUGGCCAAAAGAAACCUUUGAACAACAAAUCGUUGGUCAGAGAGCGACAACUUCUCAGUGAGGUAAAAACAAAAAAAGCAUCCACAACAAAAAAUUACUAUAAUAUUUUUAAAUGCAUAGUUUGUAGCUUCGUAUUUUACUUAAAAAACCAAUGUAAAACACGGAAAAUCACAACUACUAAAACUGGUUUUAGUGCCUAUAUCCACGGUAAUUUUUCAGAAAACCUCCGACUUCUCGUCAGACUCCUCGGUGUCGUCGACUUCAGUAGAUCAAGAAGAGCUACGUACCACGAUGAUAAAGUGCAUAACCAAACCCAAAUACGACGAUCUCGAUGACUUUGUCAAUUGGCUAAAACAAGAUCAGAACAAAGUAAAGAACGAAGCUCAAAGAAAGGCACAUUCACUGGAAGAACGAGUACAGGAAACAUUAAGACUCAGAACCCCGCUACAGAGAUCGUCACGGAUCGACGAACUCCCACCGAGUCGGGCACGGAGCGAUUCCGAACUUCGGUGAGUAAAACUAUGUUGCUUUAGACUGUGGACAACAUUUAGUGCCUCUAGGUUUAAACUUGAGGAAUUUCUUUAAGCUUUGACUUUUACCUUGAACUUGUACAGGUAAUUUGACCUUAUAGACAUUUUUGACCAUAUGUUAAAAGUAAAAUCUCAAAAGUCAAAUUAUUAUCAUAAGUUACAUCAUUUAAACCAAUUUCAAUAUUUUUAGAGCAGCUUUAAGUGUAUCUCCAUGCCCACCAACACAAACGACAAACUCGCCCGACCGUAGCCCACCCCAACUCACACCCACACGAUCUUCCAUUCCCUGUAACCCUAACGCCAAAAACAAAACAGCACGAUUGCGGUGAGUUUUAUACCGUCAUACUACGGUCAUAGUAUCAUCAUAAUCCCCCAACAAUUUUACUCUUCAUUUUAACCUACUAUAAUAUAAAUUAUGGCUAAAAAUAGAAUGGUUGAUCCCGUUUUAACGUAUUUUACAAAACAAAAUUAAGAUUUAACAAAACAGCCCAAUAUUUUAAAAAUAACGUUCGUAUUUUAGCACCCAAUCCCUCGGCGGAGGCAAGAUCAACUUCCUCGGCGGACGUCGAACCUCAUCCCAACGUAACUCACAAGAUCAAGUGAAACCGGCUCCACGCAAAAGUCUGGCCAAUCUCGCAUCACUCAGGUUAAACACGCAUCACAGUCCACGACAACCACAACGCAAUCUUAUCUAG